AUGAGAAGUCGGGAGAAAGUUCGCUCAGGACAAAGAGAAAAAAUAACAAUGGAAGAAAUAAAACAGAAAAAAAUAAGCUCGUUAAGUUUGAGCAAAAAUGGAGGUACCCUGGCAGUCGCGUACAGCAAUAAUCACACCGCCUGGUGUGAUCAUCAAUCUAGGAUAAAGUUUUACAAUUUAGAGCGCAAUGAUGAUAAAUUGCACUAA